AUGAGCUUGAGCAAAAAAAGUGAAACACCCAUUCAAAAUAACCUUAGUCGUAAAUACGUGGACAAGCUGAAGCAGAGAUGUGUUGACGGUUUCAAAGACGGUGUUUUGAGUAUCGAGCAGUUGGCUUCUGUUGAUGGGUUAUGCGAGUGGGUGUUGAAGGCUAUAGGCGCGUCUGAUCCGGUUCAGACUUACAAUAUCAACCUUUCGGUUUUCACUUCGAUCCCUGACCUCUGGGGGAUUGAUCAGCUGUUUCCUAUAGUUCCUAUCCAUAAGCUCGACCAAAGGCCAGGGGCUCGCGGGGUCUUGUCGGAUUUGACGUGUGACAGCGAUGGGAAGAUUGAUAAGUUCAUAGGCGGCGAGUCCAGCUUGCCGUUGCACGAGCUUGACGGUGGAGGAGGAAGGUACUUUUUGGGUAUGUUCCUUGGAGGGGCGUAUGAGGAGGCUCUCGGUGGAGUUCACAAUUUGUUUGGCGGGCCAAGCGUUGUCAGGGUCUCUCAGAGCGAUGGACCGCAUAGCUUUGCAGUGACCCGAGCCAUGCCUGGUCAGUCAUCUGCGGAUGUUCUCCGAGCAGUGCAGCAUGAGCCUGAGAUAAUGUUUCAGAGUCUAAAGCACAGAGCAGAGAAGUUGAUGCAUACCAAAGGUGGUGGUGAAGAUGAAGAUGAUGAGGAGUUGAACAACGUUGUGGCUUGUCUUGAUCGUUCCUUCAACAACAUGCCGUAUCUCGCGACUGAGCCGGCAUCUAUGAGUAACUCUCUUUCAGCUGCGAUUAGUAACCUUGGCUUUUAUUACAGCGACGAAGACGGCUUCGACUACCUUUCCGCGUGACAAAGGUAGUCCGUCUGGUUUGUUGUUGCAUGUUAUAUCAUAAAUCGUCAUUGUACGAUUUCUUAGUUUCUUUUAAUAACUUUUAAAAUAAUAAUCAUAUGGUGAGAUCCAUCUUUGUUUAA